UCUCAUCAAAUAUCUUCUCUUUCCCUUUUCUUCAACUUUCACAGAGCAAAGUAAACCUCUUUCAGUCUUCACUUCGAACUCAAUUUUCUGAUCAGGAGUGUCACUUUGGUUACUUCAUUUCAUUUUCAGUAUUUCCUUGUUUCCCACGAGCGAAUCAUGUCUGUAAUUGGAGAGGCUGCUUUAUCCGCUUUCUUUGGGAAGCUGUUUGACAACUUAACUUCCUAUGAUCUGCUGAAGUUCUUUCAGGAAGAGAAAGUCGAUGCUGACCUCAAGAGGUGGAGGACAACUUUGAUGAAGAUCCAUGCAGUUCUGGAUGACGCAGAAGAGAAGCAGAUGACAAACAGGUUCGUGAAGAUCUGGUUGGAUGAGCUGGAAGACUUGGCCUAUGAUGUGGACGACAUCUUGGACGAGUUUGCUACUGAAGCUUUGCGACGCAAGUUGAACCCUGAACCCAGCACAAGUAAGGUACGGAAGAUCGUUGAUGCUUGUAUUGGUUCGAAUCGAAGUUUUGCUACCUCAAUGCGGUCCAAGAUUGAAGAGAUUGAUACAAGACUGCAAAAUAUAGUGACCGAUAAGAAAGAUCUGGAGUUGAGAGAAAACACUGGGGGAACUACUAGAACAACAAGAUUAAGGGUGCCCACAACUUCUUUGGUGAAUGAAGGUCGUGUUUACGGCAGAGAAGAAGAUAAAAAGGCUAUUGUCAAGUUGUUGCUGAGUGGUGAAUCGAGUGAUGCUCAACUCUCUGUGAUUCCCAUACUUGGUAUGGGAGGGUUGGGUAAGACAACUCUUGCCCAGCUAGUCUACAAUGAUGAUGAGGUGAGCCAUUAUUUUGAUUUGAAAGCAUGGGUUUGUGUUUCUGAAGAUUUUGAUAUCAUAAGAGUGACUAAAGCAAUUCUGCAAUCUGUCACUUUUGAGCAUUGUGAUGCUAAUGAUUUAAAUUUAAUACAAGUUAAAUUGAAGAAGACAUUAUCUGGAAAGAAGUUUUUCCUCAUUUUGGAUGAUGUUUGGAAUGAAAACUAUGAUGACUGGACUAAACUACGUAGUCCAUUUGAAUUUGGGGCUCCAGGAAGUAAGAUUAUUGUCACAACUCGGAAUUAUGGUGUUUCAUCAACAAUGGGAACUACUCCAGCCUAUGAGUUGAAAGAGUUGUCAAAUGAUGCUUGUUGGAAUCUAUUUAGCCAACAUGCAUUGGGGACAACAGAUUAUACUGCACAUCCAAAACUCGAAGAAGUUGGUAGAAAAAUCUUAGACAAGUGUAAGGGCUCACCUUUGGCGGCAAAAGUACUUGGAGGCCUUUUACGCACUAAACAUGAUCAUGACGAGUGGAAAGAUGUGUUAGAUAGCAAGAUUUGGGAUAUUCCAGAGGAAAAAAGCAGUAUUUUUCCAAUUCUUAAAUUGAGCUAUCAAUAUCUCCCUUCACAUUUAAAGAGGUGCUUUGCUUAUUGUUCAUUAUUCCCAAAAGAUUAUGAAUUUGAGAAGAAAGAGCUAGUUUUGCUAUGGAUGGCAGAAGGUUUUUUCCCCGAAACAAAAAGAAACAAGUUAAUGGAAGAUCUUGGUGAUGAGUGUUUUUGUGAUCUCCUUAGGAGAUCAUUUUUUCAACGAUCAAGCAGCAAUGGCUCACUCUUUGUCAUGCACGAUCUUAUCAAUGAUUUAGCUCAAUGGGCAGCAAGAGGCUUGUGCUAUAGAUUGGAAGACGUAUUGGAUGGAAAUAAGCAAUUUGAGAUUUCUACAAAGGUACGUCAUUUCUCUUACCUUCGAAGUCUUUAUGAAGGCAUGAAAAGGUUUGAAGACUUCCCCAAAGAUAUGCAUUUACGGACCUUCCUACCGCUACCAAUAAAUGGGUCGGGCUACUUAACAAACUACAUUCCUAAUUGUUGGCUACCACAAUUAAGAUGCUUAAGGGUAUUAUCUUUAUGUGGAUAUAAAAUCGUUGAGCUACCAAGUUCAAUCGGUGAUUUGAAACAUCUAAGAUACUUAAACCUUUCUGAUACUAAGAUUACAAGUUUACCAGAAUCCACAACUUCUUUGUACAACCUGCAGACAUUGUUAUUGAAAGGUUGUAACCGCCUUAUAAAGUUACCAGAGAAAAUUGGGAAUCUACUCAAUCUUAGACAUCUUGAUAUUUCUUAUGUGAAUUCAAUUGGAGAAAUGCCAGCAGGAAUAAAAGAAUUAAAGAGCCUACAAACAUUAUCUAAUUUUGUUGUGGGGAAAGAUACCGCAUCUAAGAUAGGAGACUUGAUGAACUUGGAGUCUCUUAGGGGAACACUUUGCAUUUCAAAUUUAGAGAAUGUACUUGAUGGUGAGGAUGCAAGAAGGGCCAAUUUACUUGGUAAGAAGAAUUUAGAUGCAUUAGUGAUGAAAUGGAAACCUGAGCUUGAUGAUUUACAAGUUGCAAGAUCUAGUCUAGAUAUUCUUGAGAUGCUACGACCUUGGACAACAGUGAAAGAAAUUUCAAUUGAUGGCUAUGUGGGAGCGAAAUUUCCAACUUGGUUUGGACAUCCGUCAUUUUCUAAUAUGGUGCUUCUAAGGAUUGAGAGGUGCAGGAAGUGCACAUCCUUACCUGCAAUUGGACAAUUACCAUCCUUGAGAGACCUUGCCCUUGUAGGAUUGUCUGCAUUGGAAAUCAUCGGUCUUGAGUUUUAUGGGGAAUAUUGCCCAAAGCCUUUCCAAUCCUUAGAGACACUUUGCUUUGAGGAUAUGCAAGAAUGGAAAGAUUGGAUUCCAUGCAAAGUUGAGUAUGAAGAAUUCCCUCGGUUGCAUGAGCUUUCUAUUUCUAAAUGCCCUAAAUUGCAAGGAAAAUUGCCUCACCAUGUUCCAUUAUUGGAAAAAAUUUCUAUUAAUGGAUGUGAGCAAUUGGACGUUUCAAUUCCAAACUUCCCAAAGCUUCAUGCAUUAGAAAUUAAGGGAUGUAAAGGGGUGGUGAGCAGAAGUACAGAUGAGUUAUGCUUUCCAAAGUCAACUAUUCUUUCUAUUCCACAUGUGAAAAGCUUGACGGAGGAGUUCAUGCAUGGGUUAGCUAAGGUAGAAAAUCUAGAAAUAGAUAAUUGUAAGGAGCUAACAUCUUUGUGGCAGGAUGAAUUCAAAUCCCUUAUAACGCUGGAUAUAAGAGAUUGCUCAAGCCUUGUCAACAUCAGCUUGACAUCUACUUUAAGGACACUAAAUAUUGUGGGUUGUAGUGGUUUGAAAUCCUUGUCAAUCUCUAAUUGUACAUGUUUGGAAAAGGCAAGCAUUAGGAGUUGUAAUUCUUUGACGUUGAUUUCAAGAGGUCAGUUGCCUCAAAAUUUGAAAACGCUAAAUAUAAGUGAUUGUGAGAAUUUGCAGUUUUUGGUAGAUGAGGGAGAGGCUUCUUCUAAUUCGUCUUCUCUUCUUGAGGACUUGGUUAUUGUGGGCUGUCCAUCUCUAAAAUGGUUAUCAUCAAGUGGCGACCUACCUACCACGCUUAAACGCCUUCAGAUUUGGUCAUGCAUAGAGCUCACAUCCUUAUCAUCAAAAAACGAGUUACCUACAGCUCUUAAAUACCUUGCUGUAUGGAACUGUCCAAAGAUGGAGUCAAUAGCGAACAACUUACCCAACAAUGCGUCUCUCGAACAUCUUCAAAUCGUAAAUUGUGCAAAGUUGAAAUCCUUACCGGUGGGCCUACACAAACUCUGCCACCUCAAUAAGAUAUGGAUAAGUAACUGCCCUCGUUUUGUUUCCUUCCCAGAUGGAGGGUUACUCCCCACCAGCUUGAGAGAGCUUUCGAUCUACGGCUGUGAGAAACUGGAGGUCUGGCCCAACUGCAUGCCGAACCUCAAUUCUCUUCAUAUCGGCAAUUGUCCAAGCGUCAUAUACUUUCCAGAAGAGGGUUACCCCACCAGUCUAACAUCACUCUCAUUUCGCGGGGAGAAUAUCUGUAAGCAAGUAACUGUGUGGGGAUUUAUGGUGGAUUUCCAGAUUGGCAGUCGUUUCCAGAUGAGCAAGAUGGGAAGCUGACGAUGACGCUUCCUUCAUCUCUUACCCAGCUAGAGAUUCGUAGCAUUCCAAAUAUAGUAAUUCUAUCUUCUUUGGGCUUUCAAAAUCUCUCUGCUCUUGAACAAUUGUUCAUCGAAAAUUGCCCUAAACUCGCAUCCCUCCCAGAGAAGGGCCUACCUCCCUCGCUUCUGCGACUUUAUAUUGUCGAGUGUCCAUUGCUGAAACAACACUGCAAGAAAGGCGGGCGAGAGUGGUCCAAGAUAGCCAACGUCCCUUGCGUUCUGAUUGAUUGGAGGUCUGUCUAUGAGUUGGAGGAGGAGCAGCAAUAAAAAAAUUGUAAAACAAAGAGCAAUAUUUACUCGUAAUAGUUACUCCUUCCUUCCAGUGUUGCAGCAGAGACUAGCUUCUGAACCGCUAAACGUUAUAUUGGAAUUUCAAAACAGGGAGGUUAUCAGUAAAUGUGCAGAGAAUGGCAGGAUGCCCUUUUAGUGCUAUGCUUGUGCAGAACGUCGUUUUAAACAUUUGUCGUGCCUUGCAUAGAUUGAUCAAAGCAUUGUCACCUAUGCUGCAAAUGGCAGAGACUAGCUUUUGAACUGAUAAACCUUCUAUGGGAAUUUCAAAACAUGGAGGCUACAUAUUGUGUUCUGUAACACUAUGAUCAGCUGAUGUGCACAAAAUGUCAUUUCAAACAAAUAUUGUGCAUUGCAUAGACUGAUCAAAGCAUUGUCACAUGUGCUGCAGAUGACAGAAACCACCCUACCAGCGAAGCUGCAGAAUCAAUAAGAACCUUCUUAGACCAAUGUAAUUUAUUGGUUCUCCAAUGGCUAAGAAGAAGAGCUGGUUCAACAUAGUGAAGAGGUUCAUUUUAAGAGAGACAAACUCAAAACAAGAAAUGGAUAGGAGAAGGAAAUGGAUUUUUGGAGGGCUCAAGAUCAAAAGAUUAGCCUCGCUCACUGCACCAUCAUCAUUAAAUGAAAGAAAUCUAGGUGAGGCUGAGGAAGAGCAGAUCAAGCAUGCUCUUGCUGUGGCCCAUGCCACCAUUGCUGCUGCUGAAGCAGCUGUUACAACUACUCUAGUUGCUGCUGAGAUUGUCUGGUUCACCAGCACCCCUCAAUAUAACCAUCAAUGUGUAAAUGAAGUGGAAGGUUCAGUCAUUAGAGUUCAAGGCAAUGAAAGCUUUGCGGGGAAAAGGAAUUAUGAGGCAGAGUUGUAAGAUGCCAAACCAUAACUACCCUAAAGCUCUUGCAGUCCAUUGUAAUUAUUCAGUCACAAGGCUGCACAAGAAUAUUUGGAAUGGUGGAAGGCACUUGGAAUUAUGUUGGAAGUGAACAAUCGCAGAAUUGGAAAGACAAGAUGACAAGGGUAUGUAAUGCAGCAAGAACUGGCUUAUUCUAUUGUGAACAACACAAGUCCCAUAAAAAAAAAAUCUGUUUCUCAUUUCACCUGUGCUGCAGAUGGCAGCCACUCUUUGGGCUAUUUGGAAUGCAGUUUUAUAGAGCCAUGCUCGAAGGAAAGGCUGCCGAUGUUUCUCAAGCUCUUAAUUACGGCAGGCAUGUGGUCAUGAUCUGUCACAAAGCAAUGACUGGGAAUCAUUCCCUAAAUGUAGCUUUAAACCCCCUGUCUACAAUUGGAAACGAUUUGUUGAAUUUAAAAUCAAACAGGGAACCAAAUUUUGGAUCUUAGUAGAAGUUAUUACAAAAGGAAGAGUUGCUUGCUAGGUGCAAGUUUUGUUUGCAAAGAUCAAAUGAGGAACCAAAUUGUGAUACACUGUUAAAGUUGGUUGGCCAAAAGUAAAUCCGUUGUACUUUCUCAGACAAUUCGUGAAAGUUCAAUCCAUGCACUUAUUAAAGGUGUGGUAGCUGCAGUUGUACCUACUAGUCGCUCUGAGGAUUGCAGCCAUUAUUGUGCAAUGCAAAACACCUAGUUCGAAGGAUUUGAGCAGUUAGGAAGACAUUGCUGAGUGGCAUUAGUGAUUUUAUAAACGUUGGGUUGAUCAAAUCCCAGGAAAAUCCUCACUAAUGCUUGUUAGCAUGCCAAUUCUACAGCUUCCUCUUUUAUGCAGAUUAGUCCUCUUCUUGACCAGAAUUUAAGGCUUUCAAUCUGACUUAACAUCCAUGUCGAAGAGAAAAUAAAUUUCUUGAUGUGGUGAAUCUUGUUUGAUUUGCUGAAUACUAUUAAUAGAUGAUAUUGCAGAUUGGUAAGAAAUUAUUAAAUAUCAUUCACAUUCUUCAAAGAUGUACUAAUGUACAAUUUCCAAAGCAUUAAUUUUUUGGCAAUUUGAGAAACUAGAAAAUUGCUUUUGCAAAGUGGCUUAGAGGUUCUACCUUAUUCUUCUUAGAAUCCAGUUUUCAAAUCUUACAAGGAGUAAAAGUUUACGAGUCAAUUGUCAUCAAGUUCACUGACUAAUCUGCUCCAUUACUAAUCAAUAGUAUUCUUUUUGAUAAGUACUAAUCAAUAGUAUUCUGUAUUGGUAUUGGUUUUUAACUUCUUUUUCUGAACUGAUGCAUGUAUGUACUACCAGAAACCACCCUACCAGCGAAGUUGCAGAAUCAAUCAGAACCUUCUUAGGCCGAUGUAAUUUAUUGGUUCUCCAAUGGCUAAGAAGAAGAGCUGGUUCAACAUAGUGCAGAGGUUCAUUAUAAGAGAGACAAACUCUAAACAAGAAAUGGAUUUUUGGAGGGCUUAAGAUCAAAAGAUUAGCCUCACUCACUUCACCGUCAUCAUUAAAUGAAAGAACUCUUGGUGAGGCUGGGGAAGAGCAGAUCAAGCAUGCUCUUGCUGUGGCCCAUGCCACCACUGCUGCUGUUGAAGCAGCUGUUACGACUGCUCUAAUUGCUGUUGCGGUUGUCCAGUUCACCCCUCAAUAUAACCAUCAAUGUGUAAAUGAAGUGGAAGAGUUUUCAGUCGUUAGAGUUCAAGGUGAAGUCCCUCAGUCAACCAUCACUGUGUGAGAGAAAUCCAUGAAUUUGCUGCCCCUAGAAUCCAGUCUGCCUUUCAGGGUUACCUUGUGAGUUUAAAGAAGGCAAGGAAAACUUUGUGGACUUAGAAGGGAAUUGUGAGGCAGAGCUGUAUGAUGCCAAACUAUAACUACCCUAAAGUUCUUCCAGUCCACUGUAAUUGUUCAGUCACAAGGCUGCACAAGAAUAUUUGGAAUGGUGGAAGGCACUUAGAAUUAUGAUGGAAGUGAACAAUCGCAGAAUUGGAAAGACAAGAUAACAAGGAUAGACACAAGGAAUCAAAGAAGGUGGGAUGACGGUGUUUUGUCAAAGGAGGAGUCAGUUGCAUUGUUUGUGAGUAGGAAAGAGACCAUGCUUAAGAGAGAACGGAUAAAGGAGUAGUGGUUUAUCCAUCUGUAGUCAGCAGAUAUGGAUCAAAACUUAGUAAGUGGAAGAUGAAGGCAUUGGUUGGAUCAAUGGGUAGAUACACAAAUUACCCUAAGUAGAGAACUUGAAGAUUUGGACUCGGCUUUGACUUCAAAUCGAAGACAAAGAGAGGACUAUGAAAGAAGGCAACUUAAGCUAAGAAAUGUUGAGCGACAGAGUAAGUUGGAAGGAUUGAAUUCUCCAACAUUUGUUCCCAGAGUAUCAAUUCAUUAUAGGAGACCAUGCUCAUUGGGAGAUCAUAAUUCUUUGUCAAGCUCUCCUGUUGUUCCAACUUACAUGAAUGCAACUGAAUUUGCAAAGGAAAAGGCAAGAUCAAUGAGCUCGUGAAAAAUAAGGCCCAUGAAUUUUGAUACAUGCUCUGAAAGCUCUUCACCAUAUAAGAAUAAACUCAUAUCCUUUAUUACUACUGAAGUGCCAAGUGGUGGUAGGAUUGGCAAGACUAGUGGUUUCUAGCAGAUCUCCAAGCUCAAAAGGCCUUCCAAGUCCUAUAAAAUCUAGUAGGAAGGUAAAGGAUCUCAGUUUUAACUCAAAGUGCUCAUUUCAGACUUUGGAUAGACAUGGCUUUAGAUAAUUUUAGAAGUUUGGUGCAAGAAGAGAACUUGGUUAGUGUGUCAGGUAGGAGUGGAGAACAUAGUCUGUAAUUUAAUCUAGUUUGAAUGGUUAAACAAUGGUGUGCUAUUUAAUCUCAUCAUCAAAUGAGUAGCUCACUGUAAUGCUGCAUUGUAAUUUAAUCUAGUUGGAACUCUACUCUCCCUCCCUCUAAAUUGGCCAUUAAAGUGUAUCGAGGUUUGAGUUGCA